AUGCCCAAGGCCUUCCUCAAAUCGACCACGUCCGUCUCCAUCUCCUCCUCCCAGUACACGUUGAUGACAUCCUUGGCUCGCAAGCCGUUCUUGACCGCCCAGGGCAGGUACGUGUCGACGAAGCGCCUCCUCUCUCCCCGGCGCAGCGUGAAGGCGGCAAAGGUGGCCAGGCCCGUCAUGGGCAGGAGGGUGUUGGCGAACUCGAAGGCCUUGAGGGCGACCUCGCCCUCGCGCACGACGGGGAGGCCCGUCAGCGCGUGGACGUACGCGCACUCCUCGUCGUCCACGUACCGCACGUGCGCCCGCGUGUCCGGGGUGACCCCCUCGCGGUCCAGCCAGGCCACGUACGUCGCCCCGACGGUCCCAGCAGGCAGAGAGCGAAGCCGCGGCAGGUCGAGCGACGCCGAGGUGAUACGCGGCCGGUCGCGGAGGAUCCGGCGGCCGGUGGGCGAGGCGAGCAUGGCGUCGCGGAGGCGCGGGACGAAGUAG